AUGAUAGACGGUGAAUCUGUAUUUUCUGAGUCUGAUUCCGAGCAAAUUGAAGAUCAUGACGAAGAAUUUACCCAGUGGUGUGAAAAUGGGAAAAAGCGUAUCCAGGCAGUACGUCGGGCUAUUAAACAAAGGCAAAACGGACCAUUGCAAAAGAAAUAGCGACCCGAAAUGUUCUGAAAAAGAAAGUGUUCGAAAAGAGCUAGCCGAAUUGUUAAGGAACAUCCUAAUAUCGGAAGAGAUAUCGAGGAAUUUGUCAAAUCGAAAAGAGUAGGAGCUGAUGCUUGGCGGCGAACGGGGGUGCUGACAUUUGACGGUGCUCGCUCCAGGGGAAAGAAAGUUACCUACAAAAGUAUUCAAUGUCAUCUUCAGGAAAAGUAUAACUGCCAAUUAAGUUAUGGAACUGUAGUCCAACUUUGUGUUAUAAGAAGCAAGCGACGUUUAUCUGCCAAGCGAUAUAAGGGAAUCGCCAAAGUUACGUGUACUGUAGAAGAGCUCGUAAGGGGUUUGCGGUAAAACUUAACGUAGAUGCACACUGGAGUAGUGCAUUUUAUAAGGGAAUCGAGUUCAUACAACUGAAAGACGGCAAGGACAAAGUGUUGCUGAACAGAGAUGACCAAGCCGGUUUUCGUCUCGACAUAACCUUCACCCAUAAGCAAGGCAAGUGUAUCAUUCUGGAAAGUCAGCCUUCACUUACUACGAGAACUGAUUUUGUAAAUAAAUACCCGUCUCUCCUUCAAACCACGUCGUAUUUAUUCUUGGAUUCUGAGACGACCGAAAAAGCAUGUGUUGGAAUCGUGAAACCACAUUUUACUUAUGACAAGACACCCACUCAGUAUUACAUUGAUUUAAACAUGCUCGAGACGAAGUUACCUAAUUACCUUAUUGAGAAACCCAUGGAUUGCAUACGAGUAGAUGGAGCAGGGGACGAGGGACGGGCGCAUGUAGAAGUACAGUUUCUGUGGACAGAACGACACCUUCUUAAGCAGAAGAUAUGCACAAUUGUCACAACCAGGAACAGUGGUGGCUCCUAUUUAAAUCCAGUUGAGUUAAUGAACGGAUGUAUUGCCAAAGCACAUGCGGUGGUAAUUCCAAUGCUAGUGGCCUGGAUCCAGAUAAGCUCACAUAGAAUGUGGACCUGGCUACGGAGGUCUACAUUGAUCGAGUGA